AAGUGGUGGGUACGAGAGUUAAACUCAUUGACAUGUAAAUAAGCCGAUAAACGCUUUUUGCAGCAGUUUUUGCGUAUUUUUAGUGAAAAUAAAGCAUAUUUUGUGAAUUAAUUUGCAUUUAUUUAAUACAAGGAAGUGUAUUUGUGAGGAUUCAAUGUCAGGAUGGCCACCAAGAAGUUAGGAGCGAGAUUUUCAGAUCCGGAUGUUCAGGAUGCAGGAGGGCCUGAGACAAAGAAGCGCAAAGUGGAGGAAGUUGACGAGGAGGAGGAAGAUGAAAGGGUACCUGCUGUAAAUUCACGGAUACUCUGUCCGUACCUGGAUACAAUUAACCGGCAAUUGUUGGAUUUUGAUUUUGAGAAACUCUGCUCUGUUUCCCUGACCAGGAUCAAUGUGUACGCUUGCCUUGUGUGCGGGAAGUAUUUCCAAGGACGCGGAACUAAUACCCACGCGUAUACGCAUUCUGUGGCGGAAGCACAUCAUGUCUUCCUGAAUCUCCACACAUUGCGCUUCUACUGCCUUCCGGACAACUACGAGAUCAUCGAUACGUCCCUGGAUGACAUAAAGUACGUACUAAAUCCCACAUUUACCCCCCAAGAUAUCCGGCAACUCGACAGGGGGAAUAUGAAGUUCUCCCGGACAGUUGAUGGAACUCUGUACCUUCCGGGAGUUGUUGGGCUGAACAAUAUCAAGCGCAAUGACUACUGCAACGUUGUCCUGCAGGCCCUUGCCCACGUUGCACCCCUUAGGGAUUACUUCUUGAGUGAGAAGAACUAUGCGAAGAUUAAGAGACCCCCUGGGGAUUCAAUCUUCACGCUGGUGCAGAGAUUCGGGGAGCUGAUGCGGAAAAUGUGGAAUCCGAGGAAUUUCAAAGCUCACGUCUCGCCGCACGAAAUGCUCCAGGCAGUGGUUCUGUGGAGCAAUAAGCAGUUCCAAAUAACCGAACAGGGUGAUCCAAUUGAUUUCCUUUCGUGGUUCCUGCAUACCCUGCACAAAGCCAUGAAGGGCACGAAGAAACCCGACUCAUCCAUCAUCUACAAAUCCUUCCUGGGCGAGAUGAAGAUCUACACGCGGAAGAUCCCACCCACGGAGCUGGAUGACACCCAAAAGGCCCUCCUUAUGGCCACGGAUGAGUACCAGGAGAAGGUGGAAGAUUCAAAUUUUCUCUACUUGACGUGCGAUCUCCCGCCACCGCCGCUCUUUAUCGAUGAAUUCCGUGAGAAUAUCAUCCCGCAAGUUAAUCUGUAUCAGCUUCUCUCGAAAUUCAAUGGGGUCUCCGAGAAGGAGUACAAAACGUACAAAGAUAACUUCAUGAAGCGCUUCGAAAUCACCAAAUUGCCCCCAUUUAUUAUUCUCUACAUUAAACGCUUCACAAAGAAUACCUUCUUCCUGGAGAAGAAUCCAACAAUUGUGAAUUUCCCGAUAAAAAAUGUGGAUUUUGGAGAUAUUCUCACGGCAAAGUAUCGCGGAAUUAUCAAGAAGACAAAGUACAGCCUCAUUGCGAACAUUGUGCACGACGGGGAGCCCGGAAAGGGAACCUACAGAUCGCAUAUUUUCCAAAAAGGAAGCAAUACGUGGUAUGAGAUGCAGGAUUUGCACGUAAUUGAUACCCUACCGCAGAUGAUCACCCUCACAGAGAGCUACAUUCAGAUUUAUGAGCUGCAGGAUGAUUGAGACGUGAGAGGAUUGAAUAAUUAGUAUCUUAUUUGAUUUAUUUUGUGAAUAAAUUUGAGUUUUAAAAGAAAA